AUGGAGCGUGAUUUCUUCGGUGAUCUGCCGUCAGAAAUCACCACCAACAUCCUCUCACGUCUGCCCAUCCGAAGCCUCGCAAUCAGCAAGUCCAUUUGCAAACUAUGGCUCAAUCUAAUCGAUUCCGACGAUUUCCACAAAUCCGAAAUCAAAACCCCACCCGCCCUAGCUCUCCUGAUGCCUAAUAAAGACUCAAAGCGGUGCACGAUUUUCGAAAUUGAAGACGAUGCGGAGAAGAGCCAUGAUCUUCACUACAUUCCGCUCAUGGAUUUGGAGAUCCUUCACGGAAAUAGAGAAAAUAUGGAAGGUAUCACUGAUGGUGGAUUGCUUCUUCUGAACUCACCAUCCACAAAGGGUAUUUCUGUUUACAUAUGCAAUCCGAUAACUCGUGAAUAUACGGAGCUCUGUUGCCCCGAGGACUACAGCCCGGAUCAUGUGUUCAAUUUUGGAUUUGGUGCGAGCAAAAUAAGUGGGCAAUAUAAGGUGCUCGGUAUCAAUACGCUCCGUGGCUCCGACUCUGAACAUCGCGUGUACACCCUCGGAACAGGAAUAUGGAGGCAUGUUGAAGCCGGCGUUGCUUCUGGUUUCGGAUUUCAUGGUCGAAACGUGGUAUGUAAUGGCAACCUCCAUUGGAUAGUAUGUGAUUGGAGUUAUAACAUGUCGAUUUGUGGUUUUGAUGUUGAAACAGAAUGUUUUAGAAUCUUCUCUGUUCCUCCGGGAGGAAAUAAUCUGUCUGUUUUGAGGGAUUGCCUCUGUUGUUCUUACACACGCGACAAUGAACUUGUCAUCUGGAUGAUGAAGGAAUACCAAGCCGAAGAUUCUUGGACCAUAGAGUACAAGUUGAGUACUAUUGUUUCUGAUUUUGAUAGGGAUUUGAUGUGUGUUGAUCCAAUUAUACAUUUCAAAGAUGGUGACUUUUUGAUGUUGCUGAACGAAGAUCGUCUCAUCUACUACUCUAACAACACAAGAACUUUUCAACAAGUCGCUAUGUUUAGGGAUGCAGCUGCGAAGGAUUACAUUCGUGCGCUAAUUUUCACUCCUAGCCUUUUCUCAAUCAAGAAUUUUGGAUUUGAGAAUGUGAUCUCGUUUUAG